CUCGUGAUAAUACGGAGUGUAUGCACCACAUGUAGUCUAACAAAUUCUGCACCUAACAAACCACAAUAGAGGAUUUUUCAACAAAAAAAAGAAACACAAUGAAGGAGUCGAUAAGAAAAUAAGAAAAAAACACUCCAAGGGAAUCACAUUCACAAAGAAGGAGGGGGUGACGUACGAUAUUGCUGCUACGGGUUUGUGAGUUAAUUAAUUUGAGAGUGGGAAUCUGAAUCUGUAUAUAAAUGGAGGCUGAAAAGGAUGUGUCUAUCAAACAGUACACAAAUGAGGAAGUGGAUGAUGAUGGAAGAAUCAAGAGAACCGGGAACGUGUUGACGGCAACAACACACAUAAUAACAGUGGUGGUGGGUGCAGGAGUGUUGGCUCUAGCAUGGGCAAUUUCUCAACUAGGAUGGAUAGCUGGCAUACUUGUUAUGAUCACAUUUUCAUCCAUUUCCAUUUACACUUACAAUCUUAUAGCUGAUUGUUAUAGAUAUCCAGACUCAGUUAAUGGCAAGAGAAACUACACUUAUAUGCAGGCCGUUCAUGCUUACCUAGGUGGAAUAAUGCACGUAUUUUGUGGAUUGAUCCAGUAUGGGAAACUCGCUGGGAUUACAGUGGGCUACACUAUAACUUGCUCUACAAGCAUGGUGGCUAUAAAGAAAUUGAUUUGCUUCCACAAAAAUGGCCAUGAAGCUUAUUGCAAGUUUUCAAAUAAUCCCUACAUGCUCGGUUUUGGGAUCUUUCAGAUUUUAUUGUCUCAAAUCCCAAAUUUCCAUAAGUUAACAUUGAUAUCAACUGUUGCUGCUAUUACCUCUUUUGGUUAUGCAUUAAUUGGAAGUGGACUCUCUCUAGCAGUUGUGGUGUCAGGGAAAGGAGAAACAACCAGUUUGUUUGGAACCAAAGUAGGACCAGGAUUGUCAGAAGAUGACAAAAUUUGGAAAGUUUUGACUGCUUUGGGAAACAUUGCACUUGCUUGCUCUUAUGCUACUGUUGUCUAUGAUAUAAUGGACACAUUAAAGUCAAAUCCACCGGAAAGCACACAGAUGAGGAAGGCAAAUAUGUUGGGGAUCACUACAAUGACAAUACUUUUCCUCCUAUGUGGUUCACUUGGCUAUGCUGCAUUUGGUGAUCACACCCCAGGGAACAUCCUCACUGGUUUUGGAUUUUAUGAGCCCUUCUUGUUGGUUGCUUUGGGGAAUGUAUGCAUUAUAGUCCAUAUGGUGGGAGCAUAUCAGGUUUUAGCUCAACCAAUAUUUCGUAUAGUUGAAAUGGGUGCUAACAUGAUGUGGCCACAAUCAUCUUUCAUACAUAAGGAAUACCCAAACAAAAUUGGUUCUUUAACAUUCAACAUCAACUUAUUUAGACUAAUUUGGAGGACAAUAUUUGUGAUAAUGGCCACAGUUAUUGCCAUGGCAAUGCCAUUCUUCAACGAGUUUCUUGCAUUACUUGGAGCAUUUGGAUUUUGGCCACUCAUCGUCUUCUUCCCGAUACAAAUGCACAUCUCUCAGAAACAUAUAAACAGAUUUUCAUUGAAGUGGUGUGUGCUCCAACUAUUGAGUCUUGUUUGUUUUUUUGUUUCAGUAGCUGCUGCAGUUGGUUCCAUUCAUGGAAUUAGUAAGAAUAUCACAAAAUACAAACUCUUCAUGUAUAAACAAUAGCCUAUUUCAAAAUGGAGCCUAGAGUUAAUGCAGUAAUCUUGUUUCUAAGA